AAUCACUACAGGGGCAAUAGAAUUGCUUCCUCAUCUCUAUCCAUAUCUAUGAUAAGAAUAAUUUUGAAAGGUUGUCAGGGUUGUCAACUUAUGCAAGAAUCUCAUAUAUAUUAUUAACUUUUCAGAUACCCAUAUCAUCAAAUUCCAAUUUUAUAGAAUAAUCAAGGACUUAGCUUUUGGGAGAUUUUAAAGUUGAUCAAUUUCUCUUAUUUUCUUGUGUAUUUGUAUUUUAAAUUCUCUAGGGCUUUGGUUAUAUCACUAUACAUUUUCUUCCCUUAUCCAUCUUAGGAAUAAUCAAAAAUUUUACAAUGAGAUUGUACAUUAAUAUUCAUAGCUUAACUCUGAAGUUUUUAGAGAAUAUCUUGGAGAGAGAGAGGCAGAAAUAUGCACAUCCACAAACUCAUGUUGUUUCUGUUAAUAAAUCUACAAAAUUCUUAGCAGUAAUUCCUGUGUCCAGCUUUCGUCUCUGUGUUGGUUAGUGUUUUUUGUGUUUCUUCUCGUGUAAUUUGGGUGGUUUUGUUUUCAUAAGGUGUUCAUUUAGAAAACGAAACGGAGUUCAUUUUCUCUUGGGAGUUGUGAUUCUUUUGUGUAAAAACAGAAGUUAACUGGUUUCAGUGAUUCUUUUGUUGGCUGUUGUACUGUUUGGUUCAGUAGUGACGGUUUUGAUAGGCUGUAAAUGAACACUCAGAAGAUUGAAUACCAAGAACAGAACUAUGGAUCGUUAAACGAUAAUCCUUGUAACUUACCCAAUAAUUCUUUAGAGAAAUUUGGUUCUUUUCGAGAGUCUGGAGAAAUGGGUAUGUCUUUUCAGUCUCCAUUACCAGUCUCAGAAAUAAGUUUGCAGCUUCCAAACGUCACUCCGGCUUAUACUGCUAAUUCGACCAAUUCAAUUUCGGGUCGUUCUGGAUCCGUAUCUUCUGUUUUUUAUGCAAACGAGUGUUAUAUGAACUUUCCACAGCAUGAAUAUCAAUAUGGUACUCUUCCUAUGGUUUCUCAGUUACCUCAGAAUCAUAAUCCAGAUACCUCAUAUCAAUCUUCAGAAGAACCAUACUCAGUUCGUUUGACAAAGCAAGAUGAUAUUGAUCUUCAUUCAUUAGAUACUUUGCAAUCUGUUGUGAAACGUCGUUUAUGUAGCAAUCAAACUCAAAGUUCUAGACCCUAUGUAAAUUCCUACCAGAUUCUUCAAAACGAUUCAUUGGGUUACAGAAACAAUGGAAGCUACCCCUUAAUUUCUAUUGAGGGGGAUCAGAAUUCUAGAAAUUUUCUUUUCCAUCAGGAUAAGCUAUCUCAAAGUUCCUGUUCUUCUGGAUUUGCUCCUGUUUCACCUGGUGUUGCAAUCUCGGUUAAAACGCGAAUUCGAUGGACUCAAGAUCUUCAUGAGAAAUUUGUUGGAUGUGUAAAUCAACUUGGUGGAUCUGAAAAAGCAACUCCCAAAGGAAUCCUGAAGUUGAUGCAGUCAGAGGGGUUGACCAUCUUCCAUGUGAAAAGCCAUUUGCAGAAAUAUCGAACUGCCAAGUACAUGCCAGAAUCUGGUGACGGAAAAGCUGAUAGGAGAACUUCUCUGGAUGACCCUGCUCCGCUUGACCCCAAAACGGGCUUGCAAAUAACGGAGGCCUUACGAUUGCAACUCGAUGUUCAAAGGCGUCUUCAUGAGCAGUUAGAGAUUCAACGAAAUCUUCAAUUGCGAAUUGAAGAACAAGGAAAGCAACUAAAGAAGAUGUUCGACGAGCAACAGAAAAAGAAGAAGACCCUAUUUGAUAUUCAGAACUUGGACAUCAUGCUCACCGAGGAAGAAGAAGCCAGUACUGUUGAAGAUGUUCAGGUUCUCUGCACAGGAGAAGGACCAAAUACCCUUUUUGAUUCCAAAAUAAGCUAGAUUUUCAAAUUCAUGUACAAAAUUUGGGUUCUUUAAAUAUAAAUACAGAAAUGAUGAAGCUGUACAUUAAAAAUAUCAGGUACAUUUGUUAAAGCUCAGUUAAUACAACAACAAAGUUGAUUGUUAA